UUGUUCCGCCGGCCGGCAAAGCGCUGAACUAAGGAAAGCGACUGUCGUGGUUGAGAGAAACCUGACCGGGCAGCACACGCGUGGUCAUGUGGAGGCUGCUGACGCGCGCCCCCGCGCCGCUCCUGCGGAUGCACUUUUUAGAGUCUUGGGCAGCCCUUCCCACCAGUGCUGGUCUAAAGACGCUCCUCCCAGUUCCAACUUUUGAAGAUGUCUCCAUCCCUGAAAGGUCCAAGCUUAAAUUUGUUGAAAGAGUCCCACUUGUGCCAAAAGUAAGAAGAGAACCUAAAAAUUUGAAGGACAUACGAGGGCCUUCAGCUGAAGCCACUGACUUUACAGAAGGCAGUUUUGCAAUUUUGGCACUUGGAGGUGGUUACCUCCACUGGGGCCAUUUUGAAAUGAUGCGCUUGACCAUCAACCGCUUUAUGGAUCCCAAGAACAUGUUUGCCAUCUGGCGAGUACCAGCCCCUUUCAAGCCCAUCACUCGCAAAGGUGUUGGGCAGCGCAUGGGGGGAGGUAAAGGUGCCAUUGAUCACUAUGUGACACCUGUGAAGACUGGCUGCCUUGUAGUAGAGAUGGGUGGACGGUGUGAAUUUGAAGAGGUAAAGGGUAUCCUGAACCAAGUUGCUCACAAGUUACCCUUUCCGGCAAAGGCUGUGAGCCGUAAGACUCUAGAAAAGAUACACCAAAAUCAAAAAGAAAGAGAACUUAACAACCAAAAUCCCUGGACCUUUGAGCACAUAGCCACUGCCAACAUGUUUGGCAUACGGAAAUUCUUGAGCCCAUAUGACUUGACACAGAAAGGGCGAUACUGGGGCAAAUUCUACAUGCCCAAGCGUGUGUAGUGAAGCACAAGGAACAUGUGCUCAGCCUCCUGAACGACAAACUACACGUUUACUGUCCUGAGGUCUUUGGUGGUUCUUGGAUCCUAACUAAGCACAUGAGUAAGUGACUUCUGAAAAACUGUGUCACCUGGUUGAUUCUAAGUAAAGUUUGAAUGUAA